AUGGCAGGCUCUAAGCCCGUGGCUCUUGUUAUCGGCGCUUCCAGGGGGAUUGGAAGACAGGUUGCAAUUGACUUAGCAAAAGAGGGAUAUGCCGUUGUCGUUGCAGCCAAAACAACAUCAGAUGCCACCAAAACAGUGCCAUUUCCACCGGACCCAAACUCGCCCCAAUCCACGAUCAACACAGUUGCUCGGGAGAUAAAUGAGUUGGGGGGUGAAGCAGUCGCACUACCAGUUGAUACCCGAGAUGUUGAGGCAGUCAAGGAACUAGUCAGAAAGACUGCGGAAGAGCUAUAUAGAAGGCUAGACGUCCUAGUCUAUAACUCCGGUGCAAUAUGGUGGUCUUCUAUUGAGAAUACACCUGUAAAACGUUUUAUGCUUAUGCAACAAGUCAAUCCUGAGGGCCUAUAUGCUAGUGUACAUGCAUCUCUCCCGUAUUUUGAAAAGAAUGGAUGGAAAGGAAGGAUCAUAGUUGUCUCUCCGCCGAUAUAUUCCCGUUUCUUCAGGGGGAAGACAGCCUAUGCCAUGGGUAAGGUUGGAAUGAGUGUUCUGACAAAAGGCCUCGCCAUGGAUUUUGUUCGGCAAAAAAAGGAUGGAAUGGCAAUUACAAGCAUUUGGCCAGCGGCUUCAAUCGAAUCUGCUGCAACACAGCAAUCAACUAAUAUGGACCCUUCGUCCCUAAAAGAUCUCCGAAAGCCGACAAUAUUUUCCGAUGCGAUCCUCGCCAUAUUGAAAUCACCACCAUCUGUCGUUAAUGGCAUUCUGGCAUUAGAUGAGGACUUUUUACGUGAACACGGCGGUGUCACUGAUUUCACCUCGUAUUCCGUUAUUCCAGGUGCUAAUCCGCGGCGCAUCAUGCCGAAAACCCUCCCCGUUCUAGAGGUCGAGGAACAAGAUGAUGAAGGGAAGCGGAUGGAUUCUACGAUGUUAAGAGGCAAAGGUAAGACCAGCUCAAAGAUAUAA